GAAAUAGUGCAAAGUUAAGUUUUUGGUACCUGCUAUCAAUGAAAAUUUUACUUGGGGUCAAGCACCAGUGGAGGUUACCGACGCCCCGCAAUGCCAAUGAGGUAGUAUCGCUGUUUAGCCUCGGUCCGUGGUCACCGACGCUCAACUGGACAUUCGCAAUUGAUCUCCCCUGCAUUUAUUGCCGGACCUCCUGUCUUCAGAAUGAUUCCGCUAACUUCCCGGCGAUCUAGUCAUCUAGUUUGCAGAUAACUAUUAGUACCUCCCAGAAAUCAAUCCCUUUUGUUUGUUUUAAUUACUCUAAACAGUUGGCCAUGGCUGGAGCGGUGCGCCAACCAAUUGAUAUUCCGUCCCUAGAGCGGUAUCUCAAUCAGAAUGUACCUGAGAUCCAGACACCAAUAGAUGUGAAACAGUUCUCGUUCGGACAGUCUAAUCCAACUUAUCUGCUGACCGGCACCAAUGGAAGGCAGUACGUCCUGCGCAAGAAGCCCCCCGGCAAGCUCCUGUCCAAGACCGCGCACAAGGUCGAACGCGAAUAUAAGGUCAUCCAUGCACUAGAGCAGACGGACGUCCCGGUACCAAAGGCAUACUGUCUCUGUGAGGAUAGCAAUGUGAUUGGGACCCCGUUCUAUAUCAUGGAGUUCUUGGACGGUCGGCUAUUUACCGAUCCCGCCAUGCCGGGAGUUAGUGCUGAGGAAAGAAACGCAUUGUGGAAGGCAGCGGUGCAGACCCUGGCUAAGUUUCAUCGAGUCAACCCCAAGUCAGUUGGACUGGAAACUUUCGGAAAGCCGUCGGGGUACUAUGAUCGACAGAUCUCCACCUUCUCAACGGUGUCCAAAGCGCAGUCUCAGGCGGUUGAUGUUGAGACCAAGGAGCCAGUGGGGGAACUUCCGCAUUUUAUGGAGACGGUGCGCUUCUUCUCGAAUAAGGCUACUCAGCCGAAGGAUCGCGGCACGCUAGUCCAUGGCGAUUACAAGAUCGACAACAUGAUUUUCCAUAAGACUGAACCCCGCGUCAUCGGUAUCCUGGACUGGGAGAUGGCUACAGUGGGGCAUCCACUAUCGGACUUCUGCAACCUCACAAGUCCGUACUAUCUCGACGGCACCGACCACACAACCGACCAGUUCCAACCUGAACGGAUACCUGGUUUGCCCAGGCGUGAAGACUGCGUGCGGUGGUAUCACGAAGUGGGAGGAUGGGACCCGACCCCGGACCUCCCCUGGGGAGACGCUUUCUUUGCCUGGAGGCUCUCGAUUAUCCUUCAAGGAGUCAAGGCUCGGUAUGCACUGAGACAAGCCAGCAGUGCCAAGGCGCACGAGCAUGCCAAAAAGACUACCCCGUUCGCGUUGGCCGCCUGGGAACGGGUCAAGGCCGUCCAGAACGCAAUGCAUCAAAAAGGCAAACUGUAGCUGUUGUGCUAUCCAUCCAAUCUACUCCGAUCGCUAGAAUGAAUCUACUGUGGACCCUGCUCGUAGACCUGUGGCGUGUAGGCCAACGAAGUACAUGCGAUAAGCAGAGGGGGAUGGCUGGCGGGACCUCCUGGAGUGAGGGCUGGUCAUUGGUGCAUGACGGGCCUGUCGAAUAUUCAUAGUUUGUGAUCUAUACCGAAACCCAUACGCAAGCACGAUAAUGCAAGCUCAGGUAGAUGACUAAUAGAGUGUAUUAUUUCAGGAAUGGCAGGCGUAGGCCCAAGCAGUUGUCGUCGUAAUUGGCCGG